UUCCCAUUCAAUCCGUCUGACCGUCUCUGUUUUUCACUCCAUCUUCAAAAAGCCGCCGCAGUCAGUAGAGUAGACGUAGGCUUUGAUCGGAAAAAUCUCUUAAGAAAAGAACAAAUUCAGAUACAAGGAAUGGCUCUGGCAAGCCUGGCAAGGAGGAAGGGUUACCUUCUAUCCAGAAACCUCUCGAAUUCGUCCGCCGAUGCGUUGAGGUACUCCUUUUCGCUGAGCACUUUCUCGAGAGGUUUCGCGUCGGGAUCUGAGGAGAACGAUGUCGUUGUCAUCGGAGGCGGGCCUGGUGGCUAUGUGGCGGCCAUCAAGGCCGCCCAGCUUGGUCUUAAGACUACCUGUAUCGAGAAGCGCGGCACCCUUGGCGGUACCUGCCUCAACGUGGGAUGCAUCCCUUCUAAGGCCCUUCUCCAUUCCUCCCACAUGUACCAUGAAGCUAAGCAUUCAUUUCCGAGCCAUGGUGUCAAAUUUUCUUCUGUUGAGGUUGAUUUGCCUGCCAUGAUGGCCCAAAAGGACAAGGCUGUCUCUGGUCUUACCCGUGGUAUUGAAGGUUUAUUCAAGAAGAAUAAAGUAAAUUAUGUCAAAGGCUAUGGCAAAUUCAUAUCUCCAUCCGAAGUUUCUGUAGACACCCUUGAAGGUGGGAAUACUGUUGUUAAGGGCAAGCAUAUCAUAGUUGCUACUGGUUCUGAUGUUAAAUCUUUACCUGGGGUUGCCAUUGAUGAAAAGAGAAUUGUUUCGUCAACUGGAGCUCUGGCUUUGUCAGAAGUCCCUAAGAAACUGAUAGUGAUUGGGGCAGGCUAUAUAGGGCUUGAGAUGGGCUCAGUCUGGGGACGACUUGGCUCAGAGGUUACUGUUGUUGAGUUUGCCCCAGAUAUUGUUCCAAGUAUGGAUGGGGAAAUUCGCAAGCAAUUCCAACGCACACUUGAGAAACAGAAGAUGAAAUUUAUGCUCAAGACCAAGGUGGUAGGAGUUGAUACAUCAGGAGAUAUUGUGAAACUAACAGUUGAACCAGCAUCUGGUGGAGAGCAGAAAACACUUGAGGCUGAUGUUGUUCUUGUCUCUGCUGGUAGGGUUCCAUUUACAGCUGGAUUGGGACUGGACAAGAUAGGGGUGGAAACUGAUAAGGCAGGACGAAUUUUGGUCAAUGAAAGAUUUGUGACAAAUGUGCCUGGUGUUUAUGCCAUUGGGGAUGUAAUUCCUGGGCCUAUGUUAGCCCACAAAGCUGAAGAGGAUGGGGUUGCUUGUGUGGAAUUUAUAGCUGGCAAACAUGGCCAUGUAGAUUAUGAUAAGGUCCCUGGAGUUGUCUAUACUCAUCCUGAGGUUGCCUCUGUGGGGAAGACUGAGGAGCAGGUUAAGGCACUUGGGGUUGACUACCGUGUUGGUAAGUUCCCUUUCUUGGCAAACAGCCGUGCCAAGGCAAUUGAUGAUGCUGAAGGAAUAGUCAAGAUACUGGCUGACAAGGAGACGGACAAAAUACUUGGAGUCCACAUAAUGGCACCCAAUGCUGGUGAGCUCAUUCAUGAAGCUGUGCUUGCCAUCAACUAUGAUGCAGCUAGCGAGGAUAUAGCACGUGUGUGCCAUGCACAUCCUACAAUGAGCGAGGCAUUGAAGGAAGCUGCAAUGGCUACUUAUGAUAAGCCCAUUCAUUUCUAGGAUGGCGUUCUUGUUUGAUAUUUUUGUUUUAGAAUCUUGGGAGUGACUUGCCAAAGACUUCUUUCCCAUCUUCUGGUUUUAUCCUUCAUUGAGGCAGUUGACAUGCUUGAAUAGAGUUUUGCUAUUUUCUUCAUUGCCUGUCAUCUAAAUGGCAGAAUAAUUGAGCAUGUUCAGUCAUCAUGUUAUACCAAUGUUAAUAACAAUGACAUUUUGAAGCAGGUUUCUUCUGGGUGUGGUUAUUGCCACUAUGGAAAUUGUAAAGGACACUAAAAUGUUAUUUUUACA